CGUUGAUUUUGCAAAGGCUGACCAGGCUGAGCCAUGGGUAAGCAGUGGCAGCAGCCCGGUCCGCGCAACAAAGCUGUGCGCCAGCCGGGGAAGGACUGGCAAGGCGCUCGUGCCUGGCAGGGUGGCCAUGCGUGGAACGCUAAUUGGACGGAAUGGCCACGCGGAGGAGCAAGCAGCGCGAAGGCCUGGAAGAAGGAAGCAGAUGAUCCGGACGUGGCGAUCUCCAAGUAUCUCAGCGCCGUUUUGCGACACAACGCGGUGGAGCUGAAGCUGGACAUGCGGAAGGAUGGCUACGUGAAGGCCAAGGAGGUACUGGAAUUGCCUUUCUUGCAAGAGAAAGGCGUGGAUGAGCAGGAACUGACGCGUUUGGUUGAGAGCAACGCGAAGAAGCGCUUUGGGCUCUCCCACAUCGAUGGGGAGUUGUACAUCCGAGCCCACCAGGGUCACAGCCUACAGCAAGUUCAGGAUGUGGAUCUCUUAGAAGAGAUCACCACAUUCGAGGAGGAGGAUGUCCUCUGCCAUGGCACCUUCUGGGAGCCGUGGCAAAGGAUACAAGAAGACGCCUGUCUCAGGACAAUGGGCCGCAAUCACAUACACCUCGUGUCCAAAGACUUGACGCGCGAGGAGUUUCGCAACACUGUGAUCAGUGGCGCCAGAGGAGAAUUCGACGUCAUUGUCUUCAUUGUUCGGCUCUCAGCAUAGCGCUUGUGCAACUUUCAGCUUCGCGGGCUGAAGCUCCUCUCAGCCUCUCAAAACGGGGAAUGGGAAAGCCAGCCAAGUGGCUCGCCUAAGGAAAGGAAAGGGGGCGCGAAAAGGAGCGACCCAGAAACCGCGCAUUGGAACCUAAAGCGAAAGGAGAUCUCUGCCUGCGCUCCCCAAUUGGCGCACAAGCAUAAUUGAUGAUUU